AUGGAGACUAAUCUUUUACGUGUUCCGGUACGGAGAACAGAUCGGGUUGAUCUAUACACCAGUCUGAAAAGAAACAUAGAUGACCAAUUUUAUCAAUCAAGUGUCAAAUUCGAAAAGAAUUUGCGUGAAUUCGAUGAUUUGCGGAGAACAGCAGAGCUUCCCACACCCACACUUGAGUCCAUUGCACAGCUAAAACGGUACUAUGUGCAACUAUCGGAGGUCCAGACCAAGAUUCCGGACGAUUUCUGCGAGUUUCCUUGGUAUGGUACUCUCGGAGUAAGAGUUGAUGGCCCUUUUGCUUAUAAAUCGAUAUGGUAUGAAAGGGCAAAUAUACUCUACCAAAUCGCAGCAUGCUAUUCAGAGUUGGCACUGAACGCCGACGAACGACAUAAGGAUGAUGGAAUCAAGCAAUCUUGUAUUUAUUUCCAACAUUCGGCAGGGUAUUUUGAUCUUCUUCGAACACAGAUAAUUCCACAGUUGAAGGAUACUCCAUUGGAGCUCAGGGAUGAGGUUCUUUUAUCGCUCAAGUUUCUGAUGUUAGCGCAAGCACAGGAGAGGUUCUGGUUAUUUGCUAUGAAGUCUGACUUGAAGAACACAGUGGUCUCCAAAUUGUCAGCUCAGAUUUCAGAUUAUUACGAGGAAUCCUUGAGAUAUGCUACCAAAACCGUUUGCUUUCGGAAAGAUUGGAUAGCAUACAUGAAAAUCAAGUCUACACAUUUUUUGAGUGCAGCACAUUAUAGAUACUCCCUUCAUUGUGCUGAACAAGAAAGGUUUGGCGAAGAGAUAGCAUAUUUAAGGAAAGCAGCUUCCAUCUCGAACACCAAACUGCCGAAAAUUGAUAAUGAUCUUGUUUUGGAAGACUAUGAGUCCCUUAAAUCAACUGUUAAUGACAGACUGCGCAAGGCAGAGAGAGAGAAUGAUCUCAUUUACUUACAAGAAGUACCAACGGUAGAUUCCGUUCCUCAAGUUUCAAUGGUGAAGAGUUUGAUCCCUGGAGAGCUCUCUGAUCCCCUGAUUGCGAUCCAAAGUCAAGAGUUUGGAAGUCCUUUAUUUGAUGGGCUCGUUCCUUUCAACGUGAUUCAGAUUGCAACAUCUUAUAGAGAUCGCGUGGAAAAUUACUAUCUGCUUAAUUUUGAGAAACCUUUGGAGGAACUCAAUAACAAAUUGGAUCAGUUUCUCGCUGAACAUGAUAUUUGUUCUCAAAUUGAAGCAAUUCUGAAUCCGAAGAGAAUCCCUAGCUGGGUGAAAGACAACAAAGAAAAACUCGAACAAGAACGAUAUAAAGUCAAAUUACAGAAUUUGGAAACUGAAUUGAAGAAUGCCCGACAAGAUGCACACCCGAAACUCCAUGAACUUUUACACGAGAUGAAUAUUGCCCGUGAAAAUGACUUACAACAGCGCAGGCUGCUCGGAACAAGAUGGCAAGUUCCGGAUUUUGAUGAGUCUGCGUCCGAGUGCUACGAAUUGCUGGGAAAACUGGAAAGCUAUCUAGAACAGUCAACGAAGGGCGACCGGAUUAUUUUUCAGCAAUUGAAGGAUCUGAAACCGUACUUACAGGUCUACAACUCGGAAGCGAGCCUGAAUGAAUUUAUUCCGGAAACUGACAUAUUCAAACUCAACCCGGAUUUCAAAGAGGUGGUCUUCAAGCUGGAUGACAAGAUCAAACAGGUCAAGUCAUUGAAGUCUGAGCGACACGAGUUUCUGGACAAUUUGAAGGCGAAGAUGAACCAAAAUCAGAUUCUUCUUGAAGUUACAGAACAAUACAAGAGACUCGCUUCGCAGCACGUGACAAUAUCAGAACAAUCAAUGCAAUUCAUUCUUGAUGAGAAUCUACGCAAAUUCGACAAAGAGCUGGAGUAUCUGUCAAGUACUGCAAGAAUUCAAGAUAGCGAUGUUUCACUGAUCGCAGAUUUAUACGACAUCUUUAAAGCUUCUAAACGAGAGCUACGAAUUGGGAAAGAGCGCGAAACGGCACUGAAAGUAUUGCGGGAAACCAUGUUGGGUUAUAAUGAGGUUGUCGAGAACCUACAGCAGGGGAUAAACUUCUACAAGGAAUUUUCGGACAACUUGACCACGGCAGCUUCCAAAGUUUCCGAGUUUUUGACUCAUAGAAGGGUCACGGUAAGUAAUUUGUGA